AUGACACCUGCUGAAUUUUAUUAAGGUUAAGAUGUGAUGUAAAGUUGACAACAUUUCCCUCGCCAGUCGUCAUCAUGCCAAAUGCAAAAUGUACACACUACCAGCAGCCAGGAAGCAGCCAGGCCGAACGUCCACUUUCAGGGGAGCUGGAGAAGCAGUAUUCACCCAGCUGCUGGUCGCACAGAAUGGCGGCGGACGACGUGAUCAAGGCCCACAUCAAGGCUUUAAAAGAAGGUACGGAGCGAGCGCGUGGUCUGGCACAAACUCUACUCAAUGUUCCCUAUGGAGACGGUGAUGGCGAGAGACUGGAUGCAUAUAUUCCCACCACCGACUCUCUUGACAUGCCCCUCGUGGUCUACCUUCAUGGAGGCUACUGGCAGUUUCUUAGCAAAGAGGAGUCGGGAUUCAUGGCCGUGCCGCUCGUGGAUAAAGGGGUGGUGGUGGUUGCAGUCGGCUAUGACGUUGCCCCCAAAGGUAAUAUGGAUCUGAUGGUCUCCCAAGUGCGCAAAAGCAUUGUGUCCGUCGUCCAACAGUAUUCUCACAUCAGUGGUCUGUACCUGUGUGGCCACUCUGCCGGCGCUCACCUGGCUGCAAUGGUGCUCUCCACCGACUGGUCGCAGUAUAGCGUCACGCCUCAAAUUAAAGGGGCUUUUCUUGUCAGUGGUAUCUACGACCUCUUGCCCAUCCUGUCGACCUACAUCAACGAGCCUUUGAAGAUGACAGAGGAGGUAGCCAUAAGAAACAGUCCCAACAAGUUGAUCCAUCUGCUCAAGCUCUCCUCCUCCGGCUGCCAAAUCGUUGUGGCCGUUGCUGAAAACGACUCGCCCGAGUUUCGCAAGCAGUCAGAAGAUUAUUACAAAAUGUUGAAGGAAACGGGACUGAAUGUGACCAUGGAGGAUGUUCCUAACACGGAUCACUUCAAUAUCAUAGAGCAACUGGUCGAUGGGGAGUAUCACUUAGUAAAGCUCCUGUUGAAGAUGAUGGGUAAGACUUAGGUGGAAGUGAGUAGAUUAAUGCACCAUAUUGAUGAAUGCUACAUUUCAGGAUCACUUUGCUUACAUUCAUUGUACUAACUACUCUCUAAAAGAAAACAUUGCAUUACAGUUUUGUAUCACAUGGUGAGAACUUGUAGGAUAAGAUGUAUUCACUAUUUCUUGUUCUGAUCACAUCAGUGUGUGUAAUUGAUAUGAGAUGUAAACUUGGGCAAAAAAUAUCUUUAAUGUUUGUUUCUGAUGGCAAUGGAGAACAGGAAAAUGUGAAUGUAGCAUUUUGAUAUCACAUUCAGGGAUUGAUGACGUGUUGUGCACGUUUAACUUACAUGUCAUGGUUUAUGCUAAUAUAUAUUUUUUGUAUGUACAGUACAGGCCAAAAUUUGGACACACCUUCUCAUUCUAUGCGUUUUCUUUAUUUUCAUGACUAUUUACAUUGUAGAUUGUCACUGAAGGCAUCAAAAGUAUCAAAACAUGUGGAGUUAUAUACCUAACAAAAAAGGUGAAAUAACUGAAAACAUGUUUUAUAUUCUAGUUUCUUCAAAAUAGCCACCCUUGGCUCUGAUUACUGCUUCGCACACUCUUGGCCAGGGAUCACCAACCUUUUUGAAACCAAGAGCUACUUAUUGGGUACUGAUUAAUGCGAAGGGCUACUAGUUUGAUACACACUUAAAUAAAUUGCCAGAAAUAGCCAAUUUGCUCAAUUUACCAUUAAUAAUGUAGAGAAUAAAUGAUGAAAAAAAACACUUAAUUGAAUGGUUUAAAAGAGGAGAAAACAGGAAAAAAAAAGAAAAUUAAAUUUUGAAACAUAGUUUAUCUUCAAUUUCGACUCUUUAAAAUUCAAAAUUCAACCAAAAAAAAAGAGAAAAACUGGCUAAUUCGAAUCUUUUUGAAAAAAUUAAAAAAAUAAUUUAUGGAACAUCGUUAGUAUUUUUUCUUGAUUGAAAUUAAUUUUAGAAUUUUAAUGACAUGUUUUAAAUAGGUUAAAAUCCAAUCUGCAUUUUUUUUAGAAUAUAUAACAAAUUGGACCAAGCUAUAUUUCUAAAAAAGACAAAUCAUUAUUUCUUCUAGAUUUUCCCGAACAAAAUUUUUUAAAGAAAUUCAAAAGACUUUGAAAUAAGAUUUAAAUUUGAUUCUAAAGAUUUUCUAGAAUUGCCCGAAUAAUUUUGGGGAAUUUUAAUCAUAAGUUUGAAGAAAUAUUUCACAAAUAUUCUUCGUCGAAAAAACAGAAGCUAAAAUUAAGAAUUUAAUUAAAAUGUAUUUAUUAUUCUUUACAAUAAAAAAUAAAAGACUUGAACAUUGAUUUAAAUUGUCAGGAAAGAAGAGGAAGGAAUUUAAAAGGUAAAAAGGUAUAUGUGUUUAAAUAUCCUAAAAUUGUCUUUCUGAAAGUUAUAAGAAGCAAAAUAAAAAUAAACAAAUUAAUUUAUUCAAACAAGUGAAGACCAAGUCCUUAAAAUAUUUUCUUGGAUUUUCCGAUUCUUUUGAGUUUUGUCUCCCUUAAAUUUAAAAAUGUCGAGCAAAGCGAGACCAGCUUGCUAGUAAAUAAAUACAAUUUAAAAAAUAGAGGCAGCUGAAUGGUAAGUGCUGCUAUUUGAGCUAUUUUUAGAACAGGCCAGUGGGCGACUCAUCUGGUCUUUACGGACUACCUGGUGCCCGCGGGCACUGCGUUGGUGACCCCUGCUCUUGGCAUUCUCUCAGUGGGCUUCAAGAGGUAGUCACCUGAAAUGGUUUCCACUUCACAGGUGUGCCUUAUCAGGGUUGAUUAGUGGAAUUUCUUGCUUUAUCAAUGGGGUUAGGACCAUCAGUUGUGUUGUGCAGAAGGCAGGUUACUACACAGCCGACAGCAACUGUUAAAAUUCAUAUUAUGGCAGGAACCAGUCAGCUAACUAAAGAAAAAUGAGUGGCCAUCAUUACUUUAAUAAAGAAGGUCAGUCAGUCCGGAAAAUUGCAAAAACUUUGAAUGUGUCCCCAAGUGGAGUUACAAAAACCAUCAAGCGCUACAACAAAACUGUCCCACAUGAGGACCGACCCAGGAAAGGAAAACCAAGAGUCACCUCUGCUUCUGGGGACAAGUUCAUCCGAGUCACCAGCCUCAGAAAUCGCAGGUUAGCAGCAGCUCAGAUCAGAGACCAGAUCAAUGCCACACAGAGUUCUAGCAGCCGACCCAUCUGUAUAACUGUUAACAGGAGGAAGAAGGCCUUCAUGGUCAAACAGGGACGGCGUGGGACAGAGGGAGAGUGGCUGUGCGCAACCCGAGGGUCCCUGGUUCAACCCCCUUCUAGUACCAACCUCGUCACGUCCGUUGUGUCCUGAGCAAGACACUUCACCCUUGCUCCUGAUGGGUGCUGGUUAGUGCCUUGCAUGGCAGCUCCCUCCAUCAGUGUGAGAAUGUGUGUGUGAACGUGUAGAUGUGGAAGUAGUGUCAAAGCGCUUUGACUACCUUGAAGGUAGAAAAGCGCUAUGCAAGUACAACCCAUUUAUCAACCCAUUUAAAUAGCUGCUAGGAAACCACUGCUAAGGAGAGGCAACAAGCAGAAGAGAUUAGUUUGGGCCAAGAAACGCAAGGACUGGAAUUAGAGCAGUGGAAAUCUGUGCUUUGGUCAAAUGAGUCCAAAUUUGAGAUCUUUGGUUCCACCCGCCGUGUCUUUGUGAGACGCAGAAAAGCCUGGUUCCCACUGUGAAGCACGCAGGAGGAGGUAUGAUGGUGUGGGGGUGUUUUUGCUGGUGGCACUGUUGGGGCAUGUAUUUAAAAUUGAAGGCACACUGAACCAGCAUGGCUACCACAGCAUCCUGAAGCCACAUGCCGCUUUGCGUUUUUCCAUCUAUCCAUUUUCUACUGCUUAUUCCCUUUGGGGUAGCGGGGGGCGCUGGUGCCUAUCUCAGCUACAAUCGGGCGGAAGGCAGGGUAUACCCUGGACAAAUCGCCACCUCAUCGCAGGGCCAACACAGAUAGACAGACAACAUUCACACUCACAUUCACACACUAGGGACCAUUUAGUGUUGCCAAUCAGCCUAUCCCCAGGUGCAUGUCUUUGGAGGUGGGAGGAAGCCGGAGUACCCGGAGGGAACCCACGCAGUCACGGGGAGGACAUGCAAACUCCACACAAAAAUAUCCCGAGCCUGGGAUUGAACCCAGGACUACGCAGGACCUUUGUAUUGUGAGGCAGACGCACUAAUCCCUAUUCCACCGUGCUGCCCGCUUUGCGUUUAGUUAAUAUAAAACAUGUUUUCAGUUAUUUCACCUUUUUUUUUGUUAAGUACAUAACUCUCCAUGUGUUCUUUCAUAGUUUUGAUUCCUUCAGUGACAAUUUACAAUGUAAGUAGUCUUGAAAAUAAAAAAAAUGCAUUGAAUGAGAAGUUGUGUCCAAGCUUAUGGCCUGUACUUUACAUGUGUAUUUACCACCUAAAUAUACAAAAUAACUGAGUGCAGUGUGUUUGCAUGUUGUACUAUGAGUUACUAAUGCACCUUGUAUGAACUUUCAUUCAAAUAAAAACAUGAAAUAAUUGA